AUGAAAGAACAAGACGAGAUUCAAACUGCUCAUUUGAAUACAAAGCCAUUGAGUAUAAUUACUGCUUUUGUUUGGUCAAAAAGUGACAACUUUUCGUUUGCUUUACCAUCGCUUGAUUUGACAAACGAUAAGUUUGUUGUCAAUGCAGCUUUGGAAAUUAUUUUAAAUCAUAUUAAAACAGUUCUACCAAACGUUGUAGAAAUAAAUUGUUUUUCUGAUGGUGCUGCUUCACAAUUUAAGCAGCGUUUUCUUUUUCGAAAUUUAAUAGAAAUUAAUAAUGAACGUAAAAUCAAAAUGAGUUGGCACUUUUUCGCAAUAUCUCAUGGAAAAGGUGUGGUCGACGGAAUUGGAGGAGUUGUGAAACGUCUUGUAUGGUCUGCCAUAUUGGGAGGAGAAAUGUGCCGAUAA